UUUUGUUUUGUUUUAAAACCCUCGUUCAAAUUUCUCAUCGAUCUCUCUUUUUGAAAGAAAGGCUCGUGCUUUCUCUCUCUCCUCCUACCCCAAACCUGCGUUUCGAUUUCUAUGUGGUUGGGCGACUCUGUUCCCUCUUCAAACUCACGUAAUUGAGAAACCUGCAAAUGGCACCGGUUAGGAAGUCGCGGAGUGUGAACAAGCGUUUCACCAAUGAAACUUCCCCAAGGAAAGAUGGUGGGAGCUCGAGAAAAAACAAACAGCGUAAGAAGAAAUUGUCUGACAAGCUAGGACCUCAGUGGACCCGAGUAGAGCUUCAGCGUUUCUAUGACGCUUACCGGAAGUACGGCCAGGACUGGAGAAAGGUGGCUGCUGCGAUUCGGCAUAGCAGGUCUGUUGACAUGGUGGAUGCCCUUUUUAAUAUGAAUCGGGCAUAUUUAUCUCUUCCGGAGGGAACUGCCUCCGUAGCUGGCCUUAUUGCUAUGAUGACCGAUCAUUACAGUGUCAUGGAAGGGAGUGGCAGCGAAGGAGAAGCCCAUGAUGCUUCAGAAGUACCGAGGAAACAGCAAAAGCGAAAACGUGCAAAACCUCAGCUUAGUGAUUCUCGAGAAGAAGUUGAUAUACAACAUUCAGCUGCGUCAACAGAUGGAUGUCUCACGUUUUUGAAGCAAGCACGAGCUAAUGGAACUCAGCGACGUGCCACUGGAAAACGUACACCUAGGGUUCCUGUACAAACUUCACUCAUGAGGGAUGAAGGCUCUACCCCACCGAAUAAAAGAGCCAGAAAGCAACUUGAUGCCAAUGAUGAUGUUGCACAUUUUUUAGCAUUAGCAUUAACAGACGCAUCAAGAAGAGGAGGGUCUCCAAAAGUUUCUGAAACACCAAAUAGAAGAACAGAAAUUAGCGAUAGCUCGCCAAUAAAGAGCUGGGGGAAAAUGUCACGAAUGAGAAAAGCUCAAGCUAAGCACCGUGACAGUUCCAUGUCCGAGGAGUGGGUGGGAAGCAGCCGAGAAAGGAAGCAUGAAUCUGAUAGAGAUGCUGCAUUGUUGAUGGAUAUGGAAGAAGUAGGUGAAAUGGAGGUUCCACGGAAGGGGAAAAGGUUCUACAAGAAAAAAGUGAAAGUCGAAGAAGCAGAGGGUAAUUAUUCUGAUGACAAUGGAAGUGCUACUGAGGGGCUCAGAAUUAAAUCACAGAGGCGAAAGGCAGAUGUUGAAGCCUCAAGAGGGAAAUAUUCACUGGGCAGCCCAAAGAAAAGAGAUAACAAACUUACUUCCGGAGAUGAAUUUGAUGCUCUGCAAGCCUUGGCUGAAUUGUCAGCUCUAAUGCAUCCGGCUGCACUGAUGGAAACAGAAUCAUCUGCUAAGGUGAAGGAAGAAAGAAUAGAAAAUGACAUGGACGAAAAAUCUAGCUCACCGGAAGCUACAUCCUCAAGCAGUCAUGGGGAAAAAUCAAAUGCAGAACCAGAUGAUAAUCUCCUUGAGAAUGCUUACGAUAGAAAACCAAGGUCUUCAAGUCAGGCGUCCACUGAGUGUAAUGCUGUUUCCACAGGGAAGCUACAGUCACAACCUACUAGUGGUAGUUUAAGAAGAAAACGUAAACUAAAGGUGCUAGGGGAUGAAGCUCCAACAGAUUCCAGUCUGAACAAAUUCAUAAACAAGAAGGAAUUGGCUCAAGAAGAGCACAAUAUGAAGUCUUUGGUUAGAACAAAGCGCGCUGGUCAAGGUCCUCCGCAGUCAAGACAGUUGAAAACUGUUAAGAUGUUGGAUGAAUCUACUACAAUCAGCGAUAAGAAAAGAUCUGUGAUGGAUGUAAUAGUGUCAACUAAACAAGAUUCUGAUUCGGGCCCCGCCAGUUUUCUGCAGAAACCUCUAAGCAGGCGUAAGAUGAGUCUGAAAAAAAGCUUACAAGAAAGGGCUAAAUCUUCUGAAAUUAUUCAUAAAGCUUCACGUAGUUCGAGAUCUCUUUCAGAACAAGAGUUGGUAUUAAAGGAUAAGCUUUCAACUUCUUUGUUGUAUCCCUUGGCACGUCGAAGGUGCAUAUUUGAAUGGUUUUAUAGUGCUAUCGACCAUCCCUGGUUUGCAAAGAUGGAGUUUGUCGAUUACCUAAAUCACGUGGGACUUGGUCAUAUUCCAAGACUUACUCGUCUUGAAUGGAGCGUCAUUAAAAGUUCUCUUGGUAGACCCCGAAGGUUCUCUGAGAGAUUUUUGCAGGAAGAGCGAGAGAAACUCAAACAGUACCGUGAAUCUGUGAGAAAGCAUUAUACAGAGCUUAGAACAGGUGCUAGGGAAGGGCUUCCUACGGAUUUGGCUCGGCCAUUAUCAGUUGGGAAUAGAGUCAUUGCCAUCCAUCCCAAAACGCGAGAGAUACAUGAUGGGAAAAUUCUCACUGUUGACCAUAACAAAUGCAAUGUUCUGUUCGACGACUUGGGCGUAGAGUUACUUUCGGACAUUGAUUGCAUGCCUUCAAAUCCAUUGGAGUACAUGCCAGAGGGUCUAAGGAGGCAAAUUGAUAAGUGCUUGUCCAUGAAGAAAGAAGCACAGCUAAGCGGGAAUUCAAACCUUGGUGUGUCUGUUAUAUUCCCGCCAUGCGGACUUGAAAAUAUCGACUUUUCCAUGAACCCGUCUCUGAAUCAGGGUGAUAUGAUUGCUCCCAUUCUGCCUGGAAAAGUAUUAACCAACACUAGUAGUCCACAUCAGACUAAUCAGUCAUAUAUCAUGAAUUAUAGUAACGCAAGAGAAGCUGAGAUUCAACGAGCACUUGUGCUACAGCAUGCUUUAGAUGAAAAGGAAAUGGAGCCAGAGAUGCUAGAAAUUUUCAAGGGCUCAAAGACAAGAGCGCAAGCAAUGGUGGAUGCAGCUAUUAAGGCUGCAUCAUCUGUGAAGGAAGGAGAAGAUGUGAGCAAAAUGAUCCAAGAAGCCUUGGAUUUGAUUGGCAAACAUCAGCCAUUACAUGGCUCUAGGAUCAAACAUCGCGAGCAUGCAAAUGGCAGCAUAGACCAUCAUCACAAUUCAACUCCCUCAGACGCAUCAAAGCCUAUGGCUAACAGCGAUUUCAUCUCACAAGAUGGUUCGGAGAAAAAUGAGGCUCAAAUGCCUUCAGAGCUAAUCACCUCCUGUGUAGCCACUUGGCUCAUGAUUCAGAUGUGCACGGAGAGACAAUAUCCUCCAGCUGAUGUGGCACAGCUUAUAGACGCAGCAGUCACGAGCUUGCAGCCUCGAUGCGCCCAGAACCUACCUAUCUACAGAGAAAUACAAAUGUGCAUGGGACGAAUCAAGACUCAAAUCCUGGCUCUAGUACCAACUUAAAAGGCCAACUCAUUUGGGUUUGUGUUUUGUUUUUAAUCUCCUUUAGGUAAGUCCAGUCUCCUUUUAGCUUAGAGUAGAUAAAGACAUCUAUACCUGAGAAAAUGGUGUUAGAAUGGGUUCAAGAUAACAGCUUGACCAGAGGUAAUUUAGUUAUUGAACAAGCUUUUGGCUAAUAUAGGGGUUUCUGGUAGUGAACCAUUGGUUCUGUAAUCUGAGCUAAUGUUUAUGGUUUUCA